AUGAAAGUUAUCAUAGAACAUGUACAGCUACAAUUCAUUUCCGAGAUUGAAAACAAUGUGAUUUCCCUGCUGGUGGAACAGAAUGUGAUGUGUUUUGCACUCAAAUCGGGGUACGUGUUCUUGAUAGACCUCGCAACACCUUCGAAGGUAGCGAAGUACCAGUUUCCGCUGCUGGCAGCACCGCAAGAGAAGAUUCUGAAAGUUUGGAUGGACCCUAGUGCCACGACCCUCUUCUUGAAGACAAACUUCGCGAAAUAUUACGCUUUGAAAAGGACUGCACUGGAAAGUGAGGGCGAUGGCAAUGUCUUACACCUAAAGCGUCUCAGCAAGAAGGGUUGCGAUAUCAUAGCCACAACGUGGAUCGACUCCUGUCGAAUAAUAUGCGGCACGCACGAGGGAGGUGUUUAUUUGGUGGACUUGAAUAAUGACAACUCGGUAACAAGACUUUAUAGAUCCAAGGAACCUGUCGACGGUGUGAUAUUCACCAAAACCCAAGGCGCACUUCUGAGUAGUGGUGAUACGAUAAGGCAUUGGCGCAGUGUUCAAAAUGCCUCGAAAACGUUUACGGAAUCGGCGCCCUCCGAAACUGAGCAAUUUGAACAAGUGGACAAGGCCAACGGUAGGAAGUUGACCUUCCACGACAACACAUUUGCGUGGAUAGGUGGCCCUGGCAUUGUACUAGGCCACGUUAAUAAUUCAAAAGAAUACCAAGAGGUGUUAAGUAACGCAAACGUUCUGCUGGGAACUGAGCUCCCCUCCCCGAGUCACAGGAUAAAAGAUAUCGUUCUGAGCAAAUUUCACCUCUUAGUUUUGAGAGGCAAUGAACUUUUAGUCAUUAACAAGCUUAAUAACAAAGUAGUGGCGCAGAAAUCUCUCUGGACACAAAGUUCAGAGAAAAUUUUAGAAUUCUCCGUGGACUAUUCUCAAAACCCACCUACAAUAUGGUGCUUUUCGACAAGCAACAUUUAUGAGAUCAUUCUCCAAGAUGAGAGUGAAGGCAUCUGGGAUAUAUUAUGUAGGCUGAACCGGUUUGAUGACGCUCUGGGAGUCAAAGAUAUAUCUUCAACAGAAAAGAAUCUAAUAUACCUACGAGAAGCGGAAUAUCUGUUUUCCGGUGGCGAUUUCAUUAAGGCUGCUCAAUGUUUCGGGAACAGUAAUACGAUUGGCUCUGCGACAGUUGCAUUAAAGUUCAUAAAGAGCUCUGCAGAAACCGCUGCACUUCAGGCGUACUUACAGACCAAAUUGCAGCACGUCAAGAUGACCGAUGAUAAUGGAGCACAAGUAAAUCUUCUCACUAAUUGGAUAGUGUGGAACUACGUGCAAAUGCUUAACGAGGUGGAUGAGGAUAUAGCGACAGAACAAAAUAACAAAAAUCUCGAAUUGCUGAAUGCCAAAAAGUCCAAACUAAAUUCCCAGCUGGCAGCUUUUUUUGAGCGCAAUGGCCCAAUUCUUGACAAGGAAACCGUUUAUCAGAUACUCUCUCACCAGAACAGAAAAUCAGAGGCGCUCACUUUUGCUAAGCUCAUUGAAGAUUAUAAGUAUGUCCUGACAUACUGGAUACGAUCUAAAAACUGGUACGAGUCCUUGAAAAUUCUACUCAGGACUCAAGAUUUGGAUUGCCUUUACAGAUAUGCCACUACCCUACUUAUCAACUCUCCGGACGCGACUGUUAAUACCUGGAUCCAGAUACAAACGAUACGACCAUCUGAACUCAUCAAUCCAUUACUGACGUAUUUUGCGAAGUUUCAGAGAUCUAACGCCGGGAUAGAACGAUCGAGAGCGCCCACCAACUACGCGCUUAAAUAUCUGAUGUGGUGCUUUCAAGAGCAGGACAAAGACACACUCGACAUGAUUCUCUUCAACACGGCCCUGUAUAUGAUGAUCGCUUCGUUCGACGCAGGGGAUAAAGAAGACGAAAUUAUUAGUUUCAUUGAAAACAACUUGGGCCAUUUUGACCACGAGUUCAUCUUACGUCUCAGCACUAAAUUUCAACGGAAUAAAGUCACCAUAUACUUGUAUUCCCAGCUCAAACUCUUUGAAGAUGCCGUUUCAUUAGCAAUCCAAAAAGGUUUACUCGAAGAAGCCAAACUGGUUGCUAGCAAUCGUGAUUUGGAAAUAAAUAGUCGUCUGAGAAGAAAGCUAUGGUUGAAAAUUGCUGCGUGUAUGAUGCAUGAGCACAGCGACGUGAAAAUGACCAUAAAGAACAUUUUGCAAGACUCGAAUGACACAUUGACCAUCAGAGAUCUUUUGCCACUCUUUGAUGAGCUGACCACAAUUGCUAAUGUAAAGGAUGAACUAAUACGGGAUCUGGAGAAACACAGCACCGCGAUGGGCCGAGUUUCGCAAGAGAUCCAAGACUCAAUCAAGAUUAAAAAAGAAAUAGCGGAGGACAUUGAAUCUUUGAAAGCACGCUAUCAGACACUAGAGCCUGGCAGUUCAUGCGCAGCUUGCGGCGAGCUUUUACAAACAAGAAAAUAUUACGUUUUUCCCUGUGGCCACGCAUUCCAUACCGACUGCUUAAUGCGUGAGAUUUUGAACUCCACAGAUUAUUCACUGCGAAAUAAAAUCGAAUCCUUACAAAGAAGCUCUGCUAAAAUCAAGAGCGCAACUGCUAUGAGAGAUCUGGAUAGCGUCCUGUCCACCAAAUGCUGUUUCUGCAGUGAUAUCAAAAUAAAUAGUAUUGAUGAGCCUCUAGAAUUAAAGCAAGCCGAAAAGGAGGCAUGGGCUUUGUAG